UUUUCCCCUCAGUUAUGUCCCUUUAUAAGAAUGUAAUUUGUGAAAGACAUUCGGCGCAAACUACAAAGAUUACAUUAUGAAAAAUGGAGGAGGAACGCAAGCAGUCUAAUUUAAAUAAGGAGUUAUCCAAAUAUCGAAAUCGCAAUAAAAGAACAAGUGAUGUGUUCGAUGAUGCUUAUGACAAUAACAACCAGAACAGACCUCCAUGCGAUGACUCUCACCAAUGCUCUAAAAGAACUAAGAGAGAGGAUCCUCAUUUUGGAUCAAGUUUUCAAAUGGGACCGCCUUCUAUUAAAUCUGAAUCAACAGAUGAACAUGUAACACCCAAUACUUUUGUUAGUGUCAACUCAUCUCUGGCAUCCCUUGGGGCACCACGGAUCCUUUUAAUUAACCAACAAGUAAAUGCUGAUCACCAACAACAGCCAAGACGUGAGGCUUCUAUUUACCAUCAUCUGCUGCGUACUCCUCCAUCCAUAAAAAAUAACAGAGUAUAUUUACGAAGAAAUAAUGAUGAGGAAUAUCGAGGCUUUGAUCGAUUUGCUAGAGUGUCAGAUGAAAUAAUCCUUCGUAUAUUCCACCAUUUACCGCGUCACAUGAUGUGUACAUGUGCUUUGGUCUGUAGGAGAUGGGCUCGUAUUGUUUGUGAUGUUUCUUUAUGGAGAAGAAUGGACAUGGGUGGUCGUCCACUUAAAGUAGGAAUUUUAAAAAUUUUACUGGAAAGAGGGGUUGAAGUGUUGCGUCUUAACAGAUCUGAGGUGAUGGGUGAUUUCUCUAGCACAGUGCAAGGUGCACCAGACCCUAGAAGAUCUCCUUUAUCAGAAGAAAGAAUGUAUCGUCUCCAACUGCUGGAUAUGAGUAUGGCCAAUGUCAAGACAAGUCUGGUGGAGUCAAUGUUAAAGUUUUGUCCCAAUCUGAAAAAAAUCAGCUUAGAAAACAUUCCGGUUACAGAACAAUUACUCAUAAAUUUAGCUGUGAAUAGCCCAUAUCUGGAAGUAUUAAAUUUAUGCAUGUGUGUUGGAACAACAGCAAAAGGAUUGGAAUGUAUAUUUGAGAACUGUACAAACCUCACCCAGCUAAAUAUUGCCUGGACAUACAUGUCAGAAGAAGAAAUCAAGACUAUCUGUCAAAUAAUGCCGUCACAAAUGAAAGCCCUAGAUAUAAGCGGAAACAGAGAAAAGCUAAGUGAUCAAGAUGUUGAGACUCUGUGCCAAAGGUGUUCUUACAUGCAAGACCUUGACCUCAGUGACUCCACAGAGAUAACCAACUUGACUAUUGACAAUAUAGCUCAGCAUCUAAAGAAGCUUCAAAAAAUUUCUUUCAGCCGCUGUUAUUCUCUUAGUCCUACUUAUGUUUCCCAUUUAUGUGAACUCCGAGACCUGAAGGUCAUCAAUGUUUUUGGUAUGAUGAGGGAUACAUCGCUCAAUGUCUUGGAGCAGAACAUGAAACGUUACAGAGUCAACAAGGAACCAUUUUCUUGCAUUGCCAGACCCACACCCAGCAACUGUAAAAAAAUAUUUAUGUGGAACGUUUCACCCAGGCAUGGUCCUUGUUUGUAGUAAGAACCAUAUGUGUGCCUUGUGACUCAAUAUUGUCAAAUGGAGUAACUAAGAAAGUCGUGUGUCAGCUUAUUUAAUGUUUAAAAUUGUGAGUUAGGAUUGGACUAGAGGUAAAGACUUGUGCCAAAGUCAUUAGAGUAAGCUUAUGAGUUAACAGACUUAUUUCACUUUAUAAGUGACAUUUUUAUAAGUGAUGUGUACAAGUAUUUUUAAGUUUGAAAGUGACUAUGUAUGUAAUUGGAUAUAAGUUAUUUCCUUCAAGUCUAGAUUAAAUGCAGUAGUAUUGUUUUUCCUUUAGAUCUUGUCUGUAAUUUGUUUUAGCCCAAAUAUGUUUGCAUAAGCAAAGAUAAAACAAUAUUAAUUUUAAUGUUUGUUUUUUUUUAAAUAUUAUAACUGCAUUUUAGUCUGCGUUUUGUGUAAUUUAAAAAAAAAUAAUUAGUGUAUUUUUUUGGCCUUUUUUGUUCUAAUACUAUUGUCAGUCAAAACAUGUUUUGUUAUUAGUUAAUGGAAGAAAUUUUAUUCUUUGCUUAUAAUAUUUAUGCCAAUACACCAUAUAGUUGGACAAAGCAUAUCAUAGUUUGAUAGAAAUUUUAUUUUUUGGGGCAUUAGCAAUUAAAACUGUUGUCAUGGUAGUUCACUGUUUAAAUUCUGCUGUCAUCCUCUGCCAUCAUUCAGGGGGUGGGCUACCACACAGUAACUAUAGAUUAUGAAGGAAUGUUUUAAAAAAUAUCAAAUAAAACUACCUGUGUUUUAUUGGUAGUUUGUGACAUGAGUUGUUUUUCCACCAAUCACCUUUUGUCUACAUAUCACAAACUUAACCAGAAUGGAAGUAGAGAUUCAAAACUGAUCAAUGUUGAUUGUUUAUUCAUUGUAUGCUAUCAUUUCAUAUUUUUGUAAGGCUAAAAUAAGUUUAUGUGAGAAUAGUUUAAUAGUCAUCAAGCAUUUCACUGAAGACUCGAAACAACUUUAUAUCAGUUAAUAGGGAAAUUCAAGCAUUUUGUAUGAUACUGAACUACUUGAAAGAUUAGACAGUAUCCAAACGGCUUGUUCCAUUCAUAGAUAUAUAUUUUAGUAAAUAGAUCUAUAUUUGUCUGAUGUGCAAUUUUGAUUUUGUAAUGAUUUUUAUGAGCACUUUUUCAUGAUUUACUUUAGAUCAGAUUUUGCUUUUGCAUGAUUUAAUUUUACAUAUGACUAAAUAGACUUUGUUUUGAUUGUACAUUCUUUUAGAAACAUGCAUUUUUUUAAAACACAGUGAUAACAGUUUGUAAUUCACUUCAAAAGAACAUUUACUGCCUGAUUGAACUAGGUGUAUACAAAUGUAAUUAUCUAAUUGGAUAAUUUUGAUUUUCUUAAGCGAGAGUUUUUAUGUGUGUUUAUUUUAAAAAAUGAAUGGGUUUGUGUCACUUUGCUUGUUAAUGUAAAAAUAUUUUUGAAAGGUAACUAUUUUCAUAAAUUUUUAUUGAUUGAUUCCAAUUUUAUUUAAUAAUCUCUGUAAUGGUAUGUAUAUGAUUGUAUCAUAAAUCUGGAAUUUGUAUUUAAAGAAAACUUGGAGACCACUUGUGAUCAAUGGUGUCAAACAUGACAGUCCCAUUUUUCAACAGAUUUCAAGAAUCAUUUCUUUAGAAUAAACUAUUACAAUUGGAGGACUUGCUGUUUGUAUUAUAUACAUUCUGAUGCAAAUUUUUAAAACUUUGAUAAAAUCAAUUUGUAUUAUUAAACAUUUAGAACUUUGUUUAAAUUUUAAAGAUGUAAUUCAUUACUGUAAUUUUGUUCAAUGUUAUCAACCAAAUUUUGGGACAUUUCUUUUAAUUUUAAAUCAUUUACAUAUUUUUUUUCUUGAAGAUAAGAAAUAAUAUGUAAUAGGACUUUGUUGAAGUGACUGUCUAUAAAUAUACAAAUUCAAAAUAUUGGCAUUUUGACAGAAUGUUUCAAUAGAAUUUAGCAGUAAGUAAUUGUUUGGUCUAAUGACUGAGAUGGCAUAAUUGUGCUGGGUUAACCUACAAUUUAUUGUGUGUGUUUUCUCAUUCACAUCUAGUCUAGUUUUUAGGACAAGGAAUUUUAGUUCAGAAUCUUCCUAGAAUCAUACACUAUUCAACUGAGUUCAUUAAAUGUGUGUUUCACCUUUU